AUGGAACGAAAUCUCCAACAGUUGUCCUACAACCGUUCCCACACUUAAUAUGGCCACGCUGGGUGAUCACAUGCUCCUUGUUUACAUGUAUACUUCAAACUUGCCGGUGUUCUACUUUCAUUGCUAGUGUGGCAUGAUGGCUCCCAGCGGUCUUGUUUUGCUUUGUGCGCUUUAUCUGGUAUCUGGGAUUCCUACGGGCCGGUGGUCAGAUGUCUCUGCUAUUGAACCGGAGUUAAAGAGACUAGUGGAUCUGGCUGUGCGUGAAUACAAUAAAGCGAGCACUCGUAAAGACAUUUACCGACAGCUGCAAGUCACCGAUGCCAGGAAACAGCUAGUUUCUGGGGUAAAAUAUGAUUUGACUGUGCUACUGGGUCGCACAUUGUGCAAGAAAGAAUCUAAUGUGAAUCUGGAUGAAUGUCAGUUUGACUACACAAAUAAUGUUAAGGCUCAGAAAUGCAACUUUUCGAUAUUAGUAGUCCCCUGGAUAAAUGAAACAAAAAUCUUACAUCAGUUAUGUUCCCAAGAAUUAACUGAGGCAACAUCCUCUCAGAACCUGGACACACUUUCAGCAGAAUCAGAGGAUGAAGUGCUGGAAACAAUGACACUGUUCAAAGAUUUUGUGAGCAUCUACAAUAAACAAUACAGUGAUAAUGAAGAGGUGACCAGACGCUUUCAAAUAUUCUCUAAAAACCUGAAAACGGCAAAGGAAAUCCAGGCAAUGGACCAAGGCACAGCGGAAUAUGGCAUCACUAAAUACAGUGACCUAACUGAGGAUGAGUUUAGAGCUUUCUACUUGAAUCCCCUGCUCUCCAGCCAGCCUCCACAUCCUAUGCGGAAAGCACUUCUACCUACCGACUCAGCACCUGCACAGUUUGACUGGAGAGAUCAUGGAGCAGUCACUGAGGUCAAGAAUCAGGGAAUGUGUGGAUCGUGCUGGGCCUUCUCAGUGACCGGUAAUAUUGAAGGACAGUGGUUUCUAAAGAAAGGCUCAUUGGUCUCUCUCUCUGAACAAGAGUUGGUGGACUGUGACAAUGUGGAUCACGCAUGUGGAGGAGGUCUCCCAUCAAGUGCUUAUGAAGCCAUAGAAAAUCUGGGAGGACUUGAGACCGAGCAGGAUUACAGCUACCAGGGACAUAAAAGUAGCUGCAGCUUCUCUACUGGCAAAGUUUCAGCUUACAUCAACAGUUCUGUCGAGAUUUCCACAGAUGAAACUGAAAUUGCAGCUUGGUUGGCCCAGAAUGGACCAAUAUCCAUUGCUCUUAAUGCUUUUGCUAUGCAGUUCUACAGAAAAGGCAUUUCUCAUCCAUUCCGUAUACUUUGUCUUCCCGGAAUGAUUGACCAUGCUGUACUUCUUGUGGGCUAUGGUGAACGUGAUGGGAAACCUUUUUGGGCUAUCAAGAACAGUUGGGGGCUGGAUUGGGGAGAACAGGGUUAUUAUUACUUGUAUCGAGGAUCUGGAGCGUGUGGAAUGAACACUAUGUGCAGUUCAGCUGUGGUACAUUAGAAGUUUUGUUUGAAGAAAUCCAGCCCUCCUCUUCUUGUUCACAUGUUCAACUUAAAAAAAAAAAAAAAAAAAGGAUGGUUGCUUUUAGUAUUUCAGAAAACUUGCAUACUGAAGUAUUCAGUUCAACA